GUUCACCUUCCGUUGUUUAAGAUUAAAAAGACACUUCAUUUCCAUACGUUAUGAAUUUCACAAACCCAAAGCACUAUACAGAGCCAAAGGCUUCCAUCCAGUUGAUUAAGAGAGCGGAAUGGGACGCGGAAAUGCAGGAUGGAGAUAUUCCUCCGCUGCAACUACCUGCUACCAACGUGUUCUUCACAUACACAGGGACCAGCCAGUGUAGCUACAACAGCAACACACUACCGUCAUGUCACAACGUGGUCAAGAACAUACAACAGGAAGCCAUCUUCGAGCAUGGUCUGCCCGACAUACCCUACAACUUUUUGCUGGGAGGUGACGGGUGUGUCUAUGAAGGCAGAGGCUGGCGACUAAAGCCUGAACCAAUCCCAGAUGAGCCUGAGCUGAACGAGAGAAACACACUUGUUGUGGCGUACAUUGGCAAAAAGGAAGAGGAAAUACCAAAAUAUCGCAAGAAAACGCUCGAUAAAUUAGAAAAAGGCUUUAUGCAGUAUUGCAUCAGUUCAGGGAACAUCGAUUACAACGCAGACGUCUACUACGCACCAGCAACCCCUAAAUCCUGGUCUGCAAACAUGAAGGGCGAGAGAAACGCUGAUAACGAAUUAGUAGAAGAAGAAGAAGACGAUGACGAUGGGGGUGACCUUGAAGAUGACCCGGAUUUCGUACCUGCAGAUGGAGAAAAUAUGUUUGAAGAAGAUCCGGAUUUUGUUCCUGCCGAUUGAAACAGUACCUACGAGGGAGAUGAAGAUUGAUGGGAUGAUAACUGCUGGAUAAUACAGUAGUGAGGACUUAAGGUGAAAGUGAAGUUAAUGAACGUAAUGUUGUUAAACAUUUUUUGUACAUAGUCACUAAUAAAAAAGACUUUUAUUAUUUAAAAACGAUGUCCCAAGUGAAUUCCGAUCGUGUAAAAUAACUGAACCAAGUAAAAUGAAAGUUUGUGUUACUUUUGACUCAAUCCCAUAGGCUACAUAGACUAUAGACAACACCUGGGUCAAA